AUGAAUCCCACUCGACAGGAACGAAAGUCUUGCGAAGCAUGCCGCGCUCGGAAGCUCAGAUGCUCAGGCGAAAAGAGUGGUUGCUCCCGGUGCAGGGGCUUGUCAUUGCCGUGUAGAUUCAAAGACAAAGGAGCCCCUGGGCGGCCGAGAAAGCGGCCACGACAAGAGCAACCAGACCAAGACCUGCCAUCUCCAAACUCCUGGGAUUUCUCGUCGGUCGUCCCUCAAGCGGCUCUUGACUCGCAGGAGGCAGCCAUCAAUACCACGACGGCUACGCUAAUGGAGGGACCAUUACCAUGUGAGCUGUCCGGAUCCUGCGGAUUCGAUGCUUUCGACUGGGACUCCCUCGGCAAUGGGGAUAUUCGUUCCUUUCCCAUCGAAUUAUGGCAGCAGAACGGCCUGCAGCAUGAUCUCGACACCGCCCCUGUAGCUGUCGAGGAUGCGUAUGUCUCGCCCAUCUCGUUCUCACAGUCUUGUAAAUGCGACGAGGAGGUUUCCGGGCUGGUCCGGAACUUGAGCCGAGCGGAUAUGUCGCACGACAUCAUCCAGAUGUUUCGCACCGGCGUGUCGCUGGCAGACAGGCUGCUGACCUGUCCGAUCUGCUACGACGUGUCCAAGCCGCCGCGAGUGACCGUGCAAAACGUGCUGCUGAUCGGCCACCUGAUGUUCGAAAUAACGUCCGGGUACCUAAAGUACCUGCACUGGCUGAAUAAACACUGCACUGAGCUGGAUGUCCGGAACGAGAGAGAAACCGUUUAUCUUCAAGACUCCCGGCUCGGAAUCUCGUCGGACCUGCAUUUGCAGAUUACAGGCGAGAAGUUCAAAGAGCUAGUUAUGCACGGCCUCCAAUCUGAUGCUGAACGGCUUUUGGUCCUAGGCAAGAAGUUUGCGCAGAGGCAACGUAAUCGUCAUUUGGUUGGCCAUGAAGCCUGUCCGGAUCCUGAAGGCCGGUGUCGGAAGAAGGAGUAUGGCGGUGAUCAUGACCCACUGGACUUUUGUCCGCAGAACCCCGUGGCGAGGAAGAUGAUUCCUUGUUUUCGGAUCGUUGAUGAGGUGAGGGGGAUGAUUAAGGAGGUUGCUGAUGCUGUUGUGUGA